GAGGGAAGACUGAAGCUCAGGUGCGGCUCUUAGCGCGCGGUUUUAUUCAGGAUCACUGUGCCUGUCCCUCAACGUAGUUUCAUCUGUCUGGGUAAAUGACUUUUGUGCCAGUGAUACCAGAGUCCUACAGCCAUGUUCUUGCAGAAUUUGAGUCUCUGGAUCCAUUACUUUCAGCCCUGAGGCUGGACUCUACUCGUCUAAAGUGCACGAGCAUAGCCGUGUCUCGAAAAUGGUUGGCUUUGGGCAGUUCAGGAGGAGGACUCAACCUCAUUCAGAAAGAAGGCUGGAAGCACAGGCUUUUUCUUUCUCACAGGGAAGGUGCAGUUUCUCAGAUCGCCUGCUGUUUACAUGACGACGACUAUGUUGCCGUGGCUACCAGUCAAGGUCUUGUAGUUGUUUGGGAAUUAAAUCAAGAGCGUCGUGGGAAACCAGAACGAAUUUAUGUGUCUUCAGAACACAAAGGCCGAAAAGUUACAGCUCUCUGUUGGGAUACAGCUAUUCUUAGAGUAUUUGUAGGUGAUCAUUUGGGAAAAGUUUCUGCCAUCAAACUCAACACUUCUAAGCAAGCAAAGGCAGCCGCUGCCUUUGUGAUGUUUCCUGUUCAGACAAUCACGACAGUUGAUUCCUGUGUCGUCCAGUUAGAUUAUUUGGAUGGAAGACUCCUUGUAUCUUCGCUUACUCGAUCCUUCUUGUGUGACACUGAGAGAGAAAAAUUUUGGAAAAUUGGAAACAAGGAAAGAGAUGGAGAAUAUGGAGCUUGUUUCUUCCCGGGAAGGUGUUCUGCAGGCCAGCAGCCCCUAAUAUACUGUGCUCGCCCCGGCUCCAGGAUGUGGGAGGUGAACUUUGAUGGAGAAGUUUUAAGCACACAUCAGUUUAAGAAACUCCUCUCCGCACCACCUCUUCCUGUGAUUAAUCUAAGAUCAGAACCUCAGUAUGAUCAUACGAUUGGAUCCUCCCAGUCUUUGUCUUUCCCCAAACUCUUACAUGUUAGUGAGCUUUGUGUGCUGACUUGGACAGAAAGAGGAAUUUAUAUUUUCAUUCCUCAGAAUGUUCAAGUUCUUCUUUGGAGUGAAGUCAAAGAUAUUCAGGAUGUGGCUGUUUGCAAGAAUGAGCUGUUCUGUCUACACCUGAAUGGGAAGGUCUCACAUCUCUCCCUGUUGUCUGUGGAGCGCUGUGUGGAACGUCUGAUAAGGAGAGGCCUGUGGAACCUGGCUGCUCGAACUUGCUGUCUUUUCCAAAAUUCUGUCAUUGCCAGCAGAGGAAGAAAAACUUUAACUGUAGAUAAAUUGGAACACUUGAAAUCUCAGCUGGACUUAACAACCUGUGGUGAUCUAGCUUCCCAACUGGAAGAGUUGAUCUUAAAAUUGGAACCUUUGGAUUCAGCCUGUAGCAGUAGAAGAAGCUCCAUUUCAUCACAUGAAAGUUUCAGCAUCUUGGACUCUGGUAUUUAUCGUAUCAUUAAUAGUAGAAGAGGCAGUCAGUCAGAUGAAGACUCUUGUUCCCUUCACAGCCAAACACUCUCAGAAGAUGAGAGACUUAAAGAGUUCGCCUCACAUCAAGAAGAGGACCAACCAGAUCAUUGCUGUGGCUCCCAGGGAAGUGAAGAUAACGUUUCUCACGCAUCAGUGACGUUUGAGACGGAUAAAAGUGAAACUUUUCUCCCCUUCGGCAUUCCAUUAUCAUUUCGUUCUCCAUCUCCUCUUGUGUCUCUUCAGGCUGUCAAGGAGAGUGUUUCCAGCUUUGUGCGUAAAACUACUGAGAAGAUUGGCACCCUUCAUACAAGCCCUGAUCUGAAAGUGAGACAAGAACCUAGGGGUGAUGAGCAGUCCUGUGAAGAGGAUGUGAGUCCAGUCACUCGCCCAAAGGAGGAAGACACUGGAGAAAAAGAAGAAAUAACUAGUUGCCCUCCAGAAGAGGACAAGUUCCAAGAGCUCACAGUGGCAACAGCAGAAGCAAUGACCAAGCUACAGGACCCACUGGUUUUAUUUGAACCGAAAUCCCUGAGAAUGGUUUUACGGGAGUGGCUUUCACAGUUAGAAAAGAGUUUUGCCAUGAAGGACUUUUCAGGCAUUUCAGAUACUGGCAGCUCAUCCACGGAAUCAAACCAGGAUAUGCUAUUGCUUGAUGAGUCAAAAAAGGGAAUAUUAGAUGAAGAAUAUGAAAAAGAAGAAAGGGACUCUUUAGGCAAUGAAGAAACUAUUGAUCAAAUAGCAUGUGAAUCUGUAAAUAGUCUGAGGGAGCCCUUGGAUGAUGACGUUUUCCAAAUAUGUUCUCCUUGGAGUAUAGCAGACAGUCUUCAGAAGGAUCUGGCUGAAUUGACAACAUUGUGUUUGGAACUGAGUGUAUUCAGUUCUGAGAUCAAAAGUACCAGUGGGCAUGGCGACCACACUCUGCAGCAGUGCUCUCUUGAAAUGCUGACUUGUCAGUUCCUAAAGAAGUACUUUUUUCUUCUGGAUUUGAAAAGAGCAAAGGAGAGCAUCAAGCUGAGUUACCCUGAAAGUCCUUGUGUUUGGGAUACUUUUAUUGAAGGAUUGAAAGAAAUGGUGAGCUCCAGUCCUACACAUAUAAAGAUGGAAGAAGGAGACCUUCCAACACGAUUAAAGUUAUUGGAGGACUCGGUUCCUUUUGACAGUCCUUUGUUGAUUGCGUAUGCUGCCCGAUUGUAUGAGAAAUUUGGAGAAUCAGCCCUUCGAUCCUUAAUCAGGUUUUACCCAUCCAUUUUGCCUUCAGAUGUCAUGCAACUUUGUCAUCAUAAUCCUGUUCAGUUUUUGGCCUAUUUAGACAGUCUGGUGAAAUCAAGGCCUGAAGAUCAACGGCCAUCCUUCCUUGAGUCCCUUCUACAACCAGAGUCUUUAAGGUUGGAUUGGCUGCUGUUGGCUGUGUCCCAUGAUGCUCCCCUAAGCACCAGCACUAUGGAUGAUGACGGAAACCCCAGGCCUCAUUCCCACUUGUUUUCCUGGGGUUACAGUCAGCUCAUCCUUCAUCUGAUUAAACUUCCUGCAGAUUUUACAACGAAAGAGAAAAUGACUGACAUCUGUAGGUCUCAUGGUUUCUGGCCUGGAUAUCUUAUUCUCUGUUUGGAGCUGGAGAGAAGAAGAGAGGCCUUCACCAACAUUGUGUAUCUGAAUGAUAUGAGCCUGAUGGAAGGGGACAAUGGUUGGAUCCCAGAAACUGUGGAAGAGUGGAAGCUUCUCCUACAUCUGGUGCAGAACGCAAGCACAAAGCCAGCCCCCCAGCAGUCACCAGAUGGGAACUUCAGCGAUGGGCCUUCCCCUAUCACUGUGGAGAAUGUGGCCCUCCUGCUGGCUAAGGCCAUGGGCCCAGACCGGGCCUGGUCACUGCUCCAGGAAUGUGGUUUGACCCUGGAGCUGUCAGAGAGGUUUACUAGAACCUGCGAUAUCCUGAGAAUUGCCGAGAAGAGGCAGAGAGCCUUGAUACAAAGCAUGCUCGAGAAAUGUGAUCGGUUUCUCUGGUCUCAGCAGGCCUAGUGAAAAAGACGCAGCAGGGCGUCACGACAUGUUGAGAAAGACUGAGCUGUGCUCCCGAGCCUCCUGAACACACUUGUUCUUGAAGGAAAGGCCCCACCGGGGAUCCCAGCACCUUUUGGGGAGCACCUUCAUCCCUGUCUGUUACCUCUGCAUUUGUGGCUUGAUUUGUGACCUCAGUGUUUUUCAACCAAAGUUGGAUUUUGAAAGGAAUCAGUCCUUGUUUGCUAAAACAAAAUGCUCUGGAAGGAAGCAGAAUGUGAAUAUCCCCAGCUGUGCAGCCCUUAUGCUGGACAAUAGAAUUAUUGGUUCCUU